CUUCAGCUCCACUGUUGAUACUUCACACACAGCUGCCACCAAAAGGAUGAGUAUUUAAUCUGUUUCUUCACUGAUUCUUGUCUGAUUCUGGAGAGAAGCCAAGGCAGGGACUUGAUAGUCAGAAGAAAGACGAAGAGUCACAGGAAUGUGGAGGUCAUGAUGUUAUCAAGAAAAAAAAGAGUAUGGCUGUGUCAAAAGAGUAUCAAGAAAUGAAACCAUGGGGCUGGAGAGAUGACUGCAUAAAGAGUACUGGCUGUUUCUGCAGAGGAUCCCGCUCUAGUUCACAGGACCCAUGAUUGCCUGUAACUGUUGCUCCAUUUAAUCCAACUGCUUCUUCUGGACUCUGAGGGCUCCUGCAUGCACGUGGUAUUUGAAACCACAGAAUUAGCAUGUCAUCAUAGAGCAAGGUUUAAAUAGUUUGAAAACGAUACAAUACAGAUCAUCAUCUACCAGUUCCUCUGGCCUUCGAUUUGGGUAACAAGGACCAAGCAACCAUGAAGUUCUUCAUCUUUACCUGCCUAGUGGCUGUUGCUAUGGCAAAGCAGGUAAUAAAGGAUCAAUCCUCCAGUGAGGAAUCUGUCAAAUCCUACCAUGGAAAGCAUAAGCAGGGAAGUAAUGUGUUCUUCCAAACUAAUCAGGAUUCUGCCAUCAGUUCAUCCAGUGAGGAAUCUUCUGAGGAAAUCAAUGAGAAAAUUGUCCAGACUGAGGAACAAAAGAUCAACCUGAAUGAGCAGAAAAAAGUCAAGCAGUUUUCCCAAGACUUUUCCUGCCUCCAGUCUUGCAUACCUGUUUCCCAACAGCAGACUGUUAUGAACCAAUGGGUCCAGGGAAAGGCCAUACAUAAUAUCCCCAACCAGGAAUCCAUCAGCAUCAUUGUGGAGGAAAUCCUGAAGAAGAUUAUUGAUAUGGUCAAGAACAGCCAAAUUUAUCAGUUCAACACUCCCCAAUUUCUCCAGGCUGUUCAUCAACAGCAGACACCUGUGAUCUACUGGAAUAAACAUUCCCUUCCAUAUGCUCCCUAUGUGGUUUAAAUAGAAAAUUUAUUUAGCCAUAGUUUCCCAUCCAGUGUAUCAUCUCCUGCCAUCAAUAUUCCCUAAGAUGCUUCUUGAAAAGACAACAAUAUUGAGCCAAUAAAAAGAGAGAGUGGGAUAUUUUCUGUGUUGUUUAUAAUCUUCUUUGUGAAUUGCAUUGAAUGUGCCAGCUUUGAAUUAUGGAACCGUAUUUACUACAUUGCUUAACUGAUGUCUUUUCAGUACUAAUUAUGAGAUAAGAACCAAAAUCUCUCUUGACAAAACAUUAAAAUUUUA